GUGUCUUAAUAUGGUAACAAGUAACAUGUUUUAUGUUCUUUUUGGUUUCCUUAAUGCAAUAUGUGUUUUGGGACACCAAGGAUUCGAAAUUCACUCGGCAGAUGUUGAAGGGGAAAAGUUGUGUUCCGAUGAGAACGUUUUUCACAUUCAGCAAGAACAAAUUGACUUUCUUAUGAGAAAAGUUUCUGAACUCUCAGCUGGUUUUCAACAACAGAAGACGGAAAUAAUUCAACUGAAAAACGAAAAUCAAAAUCUGAUUCGUGCUUUGUCGGACAUUGAGAAAAUGUUUCAAAGUAGUCGACGCAAAGAUGGCCAUUCAAAGUUAAAGUAUGAAAACGGAUUUAAAAAGAGUUCAUUGCAACAUGUGCAGGAAGAUGGAGAGUCGGCAAAAGCUACAGAAAGGAAGGGUAUCUCCAAAAUCAGAAAAGAAAGGCUAUUAUUACCACUUCCUACAACCCGAUCACCUCCUGCAAGUAAAGACGUCAUAGCUUUUUAUGCGUAUAUGACGGGUGACAGCAUUGAUCCUGGUGCCUCGCGCACUCUCAUCUUUGAUAAAAUAAUCACCAAUGCUGGAAACGGGUAUCACAAUGCCACUGGAGCUUUCAUCGCGCCCCGAACUGGCAUUUAUGUUUUCUCAUGGUCCAUGCGUUUAGUUAACAGCGCUUAUCACCAAGCGGAACUGGUGCACAACCACAACGUUAUGGGCGUGGCAUAUCUCUACGCCCCCACCGGAGACCACACGGUCAGCGGUACGGUAGUCAUUCACGUUAACCAAGGGGAUGACGUUUUCAUCAGAACACAAUCCGGGGCCAAUUCUGGGAACAUCGAAAGUGGGCCUGGUGGACGUACAUCUUUCUCCGGGUGGAAACUAAGUUGAAUUAAAAAUUGACAACAACGAUAAUUUGCCGACUUUGAUUGAUUUAUUCGAUUUGAAAGAAACUAUCUAAUGUAUUUAUAUCUUUGUA